CCAAUCAGCGGAGAGUAGAGGGCUAUUGUAUGAUUUUCAACACCUUCCGAAACGGAGGCGCGAUCACGCGCGGAAUUAAGAGGGAAACGCGGGUUCGUGGUUCGUACAUCGCGCGUUGGACGGUUUAAUUUUAGUGUCGUCGCUGGCCAUGACCACGAGAGACGGACACACGGAGUAGCGUUCGACGAGACCGAACGUGAAACGGUUCGUAAUAUGGGCCGCGGCGCGAGACGAAGCGGGAGGUAAGAAAAGUCAAGCAGAAGGAGUCAGAAGCACCGGUGGCGAGUCUCGCGCAUUCUCUCGGCCGAAUGUGUUCGAUGCAUCGCGAAGUUGGUAAGGGUUUCUUGAGUUCCACGAGACUCGACGCGAUCGCACGCGCGUAAACCCGACGUUGUUCCACGGAGAAGGAACCCGCGCGUGCCGUCUGUUAGAGGACGAUCGAUCCGUGGAUCAUGGAGGAGGAGAACGGGGACGUGAAGCCCCAGGACCAAGAGGACACGGAGGUGGACAACGAGGACGAUGAAACGUUCGAUGAAACGAAGAAAUUCGCGGCGCUCGAGCGCACCCAAACCGGCCGGAAAACGAGCAUUUUCAAAUAUUACUCGUUUAAGGAAAGAGACACAAUGCCAAGCUCGUCGAAGAAACCAGGGCCCCUUAUCGGAGUAAUUGAUGUCGGCACGCGGACCGUUCGCUUUGUGGUUUUCAACGCGAAGCACGUGACGGAAGUGGCGUCGCACAACAUCGACGUAGAGCUAAUCUGUCCUCAGGAAGGAUGGGUGGAACAGGAUCCGAAGGAGAUCCUUUUCGCGGUGAAGGCGUGCAUCAAGGACGUCGUGCGGAAAUUCGACGUGCUUGGGUUGAAAAUUGAAGAGAUGGUGACGGUCGGUCUCACGAAUCAAAGGGAAACAACCAUGGCGUGGGAUACGACCACCGGCGAACCGUUGUAUAACGCGAUAGUGUGGUCCGAUAUAAGGACCGCUUCGAUCGUCGAUCAAAUAGUCGCAAAGUUCCCUGAUCAAAGUAAGAAUCACAUCAAGCCGAUGUGCGGUUUGCCAGUCAGCCCCUACUUCUCAGCGUUGAAGAUUCGCUGGUUGAAAGAUAACGUGCCCGCGGUAAGAAAAGCGAUACGCGACAAACGAUGUAAAGUGGGCACAAUGGACACGUGGAUCGUUUGGAAUUUAACCGGUGGCAAAGACGGCGGAUUGUAUAUCACCGACGUAACGAACGCCUCGAGGACCAUGUUAAUGAACAUAGAAACCCUAUCGUGGGAUCCCACGUUGUGCAGAUAUUUCGACAUUCCUAUACAAAUAUUACCAGAGAUCCGGAGCAGCGCCGAAGUUUACGGGGAGAUCGCGAUCGAACCGUUAAAGGGUAUACCUAUAUCCGGUAUUUUAGGAAAUCAACAGUCUGCGUUGGUUGGUCAGAAUUGUUUAAAAAGAGGCCAAGCGAAAAACACGUACAGGAGUGGAUGCUUUUUGCUGUGUAACACAGGAACAACGAGGGUCUACUCAUCGCAUGGAUUAGUCACAACGGUGGCCUAUCAGUUUGGUCCUCAUAGUCCGGCGGUCUAUGCGCUGGAGGGGUCGGUUGCGGUGGCUGGGGCUGCUAUUAAAUGGUUACGCGAUAACUUGAGGCUCAUAAAGGAUGUCCACGAAAGCGAGCAUCUAGCUGAAACUGUUUUUAGCACCGGUGAUGUGUAUUUCGUGCCUGCUUUUACGGGGUUGUAUGCUCCAUAUUGGAGACGGGACGCUAGAGGAAUUAUUUGUGGUCUAACCGCAUACACCACGAAACAACAUAUAAUAAGAGCAUCGUUGGAAGCUGUUUGUUUCCAAACGAGAGAUAUUUUAGAAGCUAUGAACAAAGACUGCGGUUUUCCAUUAACCAAGUUACAAACGGAUGGGAAAAUGUCGACUAACAAUCUUCUUAUGCAAUUGCAAGCAGAUCUUUGCGGUACACCAGUAUUCAGGUCAACUAUGCCAGACAUCACAGCGUUAGGAGCAGCGAUGGCAGCAGGUUGCGCGGAAGGCAUAGGAGUUUGGGAACUCGAGGGCGAAGAAGUAGAAACGGUGUCGACGGAUACAUUUUUGCCAACGACAACCCCAGAAGAGAGAAAUGCUAGGUAUAAAAAAUGGAAGAUGGCAGUCGAAAGAAGUUUGGGCUGGGCGGAAGUUAAGAUGUCCGAUCAAAUGACAGAUGAGAGGUACUGUAUUCUGGCGUCGAUGCCUGCGAGUUGGUUCUUAAUGGCGAGCUUCAUCUUACUACGAUUAAGUUAUUAUUUAAGAAAUCGGUGACAGCACGUUCACAUUAUUACAAUGGAGAUUCGAUUAGAUGGCAGGUAGCCUAUAUUUUAAUUGCAAGCGCAGGUAGGAACAAGACUGUCGAAACUUAAGUAUCAAUAGUAGAUCAGAAUAUCGACAUCAGUAACGAAUUACAAAACAAAUAGUACAAGAAACUUCUUUCAAUCAGUAGAACGAGUUCCACUUAAACUUGCCAAGAAAAGUUCAAUGUAUAACGAAUUAAACGAAAUACAGAGCAAUAAAGAGAAGGAACUCGAUUUUGGAUGGUAAACGUUUUAAGAAAAGUAUUAGGAAACAAUGAACAUACAAAAAACGUUCGUCCGUAUCGUUUCAUCGUUAGUCGAUACAAGAUAACGUGGUAUUUCGCGAAACGUAACAGUCGAGGUAAACGAAGUAUAAACCAAGUACGAUGUCUCGAACCGGCACAGUUAUGCAUAAUUUUGUAUAAUUAUAGGUAUACGAAGGUUUCCAAUUUAUACAUUUAAUUAAAUGAUUUAAUAAUUAUCUUCACCCUAAUUUCAAUACCCUCUUUUAUAUUUCUAACUUAUUCGUUACACCGUCAAACAUUCUGUAUGUAUAAUGUUAAAAUUAUUGUAUUAUAAAAGCGUAUAUGGAAAUACACGUUCGUCUUGUUUUACCGGUA